AUGCUGGCUCUGGUUGCCGGAGAUGUCUCGCAUUUGCCGCUGGAACAACUCCUGGGGGAGCAGCAGCAGGAGGAACAUGGCUAUGGCUAUGACUAUCCCAAGCCGGUGGUGCCAUUUGUAAUAGUGGUCAGCACAACAGAAACACCCACGCCACCCCCAACCUACCUGCCACCGAAGCCAGUGCCAACGUAUCUGCCUCCACCGCCACCAACAACAACAACAACAACCACGACCACAACAACGACACCUGCUCCAACGCCAGCACCAACCUAUUUGCCUCCUCCUCCACCGACCACAACGACGACCACACCGGCUCCCACGCCUGCCCCCACCUAUCUGCCACCUCCACCGCCAAGAACGACAACCACAACAACAACAACAACGACUCCUGCCCCAACGCCAGCACCCACCUACCUGCCGCCACCUCAGCCAGAGCCAGAGCCAGAGGAAGAUCAUGGAUACCACUACGAGGUGCCCGCCAAGUCGUUUGUGUUCUAGGAACUGCACUGAACCCUGAACUAUCCCCCAACCCC